AUGACGUCAGCGCCCUCGGACCCGGCAGGGAUUGGUUCGGCGAGAGGGGCGCCGGCGGCGAACGCGACAGGACGUGGAGCAACGCAGGACUGGGAGCCGAAGGUCUCGCGAGAACUGAGGGCCCUGGGUGUGGGAUGGACGCGGAGCCGGGAGGAAGUGGUCCGCGGCUUCCCGGGCCUUCCUGCCGGCCCGAGACAUGGCCCGGGGCCCCGGCCCGCUAGGCCGUGGCUAUCCCCGCCCGGAGCCCGCCGCCAUGCCCAAGAGAGGGAAACGACUCAAGUUCCGGGCCCACGACGCCUGCUCCGGCCGAGUGACUGUGGCAGAUUAUGCCAACUCGGAUCCGGCAGUCGUGAAAUCUGGAAGAGUCAAAAAAGCUGUUGCCAAUGCUAUUCAGCAGGAAGGGUGGGAUUUUGUUUCAUCUUACUCUCCUGUCUCCUAGUGAAAUCUUUGUGUGGCUUGGAAGCCUCCCAGGUCCCCACAGAAGAAGUUUUCUCUGGGGCUGGGGAGCCCUGUGACAGCAGUGAUGAGAUGGAUGCCCAAGAGGAGAGCACCCAUGAGCAAACUAUCUCCAGAAAAAAGAAAAGCAAGAGGCACAAAGAAGACCCUGAAGGGGCUGUUGGAGAAGAGUAUCCCAUGGAUAUUUGGCUAUUAUUGGCCUCCUACAUUCGUCCUGAGGACAUAGCGAAAUUUUCCCUGAUUUGUAAGAACGCCUGGACCGUCACUUGCACUGCUGCCUUUUGGACCAGAUUGUAUCGAAGGCACUACACGCUGGACGCCUACCUGCCCCUCCGCCUGCGGCCGGAGUCUAUGGAGAAGCUGCGCUGUCUCCGGGCAUGUGUGAUCCGGUCUCUGUACCACAUGUAUGAGCCGUUUGCUGCUCGAAUCUCCAAGAAUCCGGCCAUUCCAGAGACCACUCCCAGCACUUUAAAGAAUUCCAAAUGUCUGCUUUUCUGGUACAGAAAGAUUGUUGGGAACAGACAAGAACCAAUGUGGGAAUUUAACUUCAAGUUCAAAAAACAGUCCCCUAGGUUAAAGAGCAAGUGUGUGGGAGGUCUGCAGCCUCCUGUUCAGUAUGAAGAUGUUCACACCAACCCAGACCAGGACUGUUGCCUCCUACAAGUUACCACUCUCAAUUUCAUCUUUAUUCCCAUUGUCAUGGGCAUGAUUUUUACUCUGUUUACCAUUAAUGUGAGUACUGAUAUGAGGCACCAUCGUGUGAGGCUGGUGUUCCAGGACACUCCUGUCCAGAAUGGUCGGAAACUACGCAGUGAACAGGGUGUACAAGUCAUUUUGGACCCCGUGCACAGUGUUCGUCUCUUUGACUGGUGGCAUCCUCAGUAUCCCUUCUCCUUGAGAGCAUAGUCACUGCCUCCUGUUGGGGCAGCCCUGAGCCAAGUUGGAUAAUCCGUUAGUCAUCAGAAUACAACUAGGAAGGGGGCAGCUGGAUUGCCUUUCCUGUUGGUAACUCAAAUGCUGCUCAAUUUCUGGGGGCUCUCACAUGGGGCAACAGAAGAAUCAAGAGGAGAAACAAUGAUUUGUAAACCUAUUUUAAUGUAAAUUCUGCAUUUGAAAGGAGAAACCUGGCCCUGUUCUUUACUUUAAAAGCCCUUUUGGUGCUAA